GCUUCCUCCGACCGAUACGCCAACCCGAUGCCGACGACGACGAGCUCGUCGACGGCGGCGGCAGCGCAGCAGCGCCGCCGGAGUCGCCGCAAGGCGCCCCCGCCACGCCAGCCCUGGUGCUGCUCCUUCGGCCUCGACCCCUCCACGGCCGCCGCCACCGCGGCAGGCGGCGGCCGGAGCCUCCUCCCCGCGCCGCCGCGAGCCAAGCCGCCGCCGCAACAGCUCGCGCCGCCGCUCUCCCGCCGCAUCCGCUCCCCGGGACGCGUAUCCCCCAUCGACGACCUGACCUUGCCUGGCUCCGCGGGUUCGUCUGUUUCCGCGCGGCUGUCGUCCGUCACCGAAUGCCCGCCUCUGCCUCCACCGCCGCCGCCGGUGGCGGCGGCCGCUGUGGAGAAUCCGAGGGAAAUUCUGAAGCUAAGGUUGGUCGAUAAAGGCGUGAUCUUGGAGGUGGAUGAGUUGGGGAGGGUGCGCAGGGAGAGCAAGGUGGUGGGGAAGGUUCUUGGGGAACGAGGCGGCGAGGUGACGGUGGAAGGAAUGGUGGAGGUGGAGGCCUUCAGGGAGGCGGUGGACAUGAUGCUGGAAGACGAAGACGAGGCUGCUGCGAUGAGGCGGCUCGGGCGUGGUGGUGUCGCGCGAGCCAUCGACGUGCUCGAGGUAUCCUUGUCACUUAUGUUUGACAGAGGAGUUAACAAUUGUCUAAGGUAUCUGGAUGCUGUUCCGUGGAAUGAAUCUGAAGAGGAGGCAAUUAAGAAACUGGUGUACCAGCAUUCUUCGUACAAGGCAGCUUUCAGAGAUUUGCUGGCAAGGUUACAGCCAGAAAGCCCUGCCUCGUCUGCAGAACUGGUAGUUGAACUAGCCGAUUCCAUCACAAAGGGGACCAACAACAAUGCUCGGAAAGAGCUGCGGAAUUUAGUCAAUGGGAUCUUAUCAAAAUCAUCCGUCUACAUAAAGGGUGAUAAAGAGCUGGACAGCAGGAGCAUUUACUGUAUCUGCCAUUCUUGCCUGAACUCCCUGGUGGUAUUAUUCGAAGAAUCUUCGGAGUUGGCCCAUGCUGAUCAAACAUCACUAUCGUCAAUUGGAAGAAAAGGACCACUUGAGAGGAUCUACAAGCUAGUCGAGGACAUCAACUGGUUGCUGCAGAUUCUAAUAGACAGGCAAAUGGGAGAGGAAUUCAUCGACCUAUGGGCAGACCAAAAGACCCUCAGCAGCAUGCACGAACAACGGGUGUCCCCGAUGGUACGCCACGAGCUCAGCCGGAUCUCAGCCACGGUGUUCAUCGCCAUGGGGAGCGGCAAGCUCCACUGUACCGGAGACAGGAGGUUCGCCGUCUUCCAGGCCUGGUUCAGGCCAAUGCUGGUGGAUUUCAGUUGGCUCCGGAGAUACCCGAAGGGCCUCAACAUGACGGCCCUGGAGGAAGGGAUCGGUCAGGCGCUGCUGACGCUCACGCUGAAGCAGCAGCAGGCGCUGUUCUUGCAGUGGUUUGAGGCUUUCAGUGGUCAAGGCCGGGAAUGCCCUGACCUUAUCAGAGCCUUCCAGGUCUGGUGGCGCCGGUCGUUCGUGAGAUCCUUAGGUAGUAAUGGGUGAGUGGCCUUUCAUUAAGAAAAAAUAGUUUAGUAGGGUUCGAUUCUUUGCAACUCGUCAACUGAAUGUGCGCAUGGGUAUGUGCUUGUUUUUGUUUAUGCUGUGUGAUGGUAUUAUGAUAUAGCUGGUGUGCCAGAUUCCCCUGACGAAGGCAGAAGGCUGGCUGAUCUGUAUGGUUUGCAAAUUGUUUAGGUCUCUAGAGAUGUAAGAAAACAUUCUUCAGUUCAGUUUCUCCGUGUGGAGCUGAAGGUAUAUACAGAUAUCUGCUGUGGCAGUUGAGAAGCUGCACUGAUGAAUGGUGUUUAAUAAAAAUCAAUGUGACGAGAAGCAGUGGUCCAAUGCAAUGGUGAAGAUUGGUGGGAGCUCACUGGAGGAGAUGACGGGUGGUGCCCUGAGAGUUCUACAUGCAGGAGCCAGGAGAACCAGCAGAGCUUUUCUGUCUUGGGGCCCAACUAGGCUUCUGAAAAGUAUCAGCUGUAUCCAUUUGCAUCAUGUCUCGGGGGUGUAUAGUUCGUUCAAAUUUGUUUUGGUUUUGGUUCAUCAUUUUGCAAAAUGAAACUAAAUACAAUGUAAUUUUUUUGUCAAAAAGUGGUUAUUUUUCA